AUGCCGUCACGACUGGAAGCUGAACGCAAGCGCAGUCCUCUUCCUGCGCGUGAACUGGCCUACGUGCUGCACAAGAGCAAGGAUCUGGUGCAGAAGAGCAAGCAACUGGAGCAGCUGCUGGUGCAAGACCCGGUGUUUAACCAUGAGAAGAUGAACUACUUGACGCGUGAAGAGCAGUACAAAAAGGCGAUACAGAUGGCGGCCAGAGUCGAGAUCAUUGCACGCCGUAACCGGCUGAGUGAGGCGGAUACGGAGCUGCUGCGUCAUAUUUUACAGACCACCACGAGCUGCGCGGCGGCCACGUUGCUGCACACGCUCAUGUUCGUGAAGAAUCUGGGAUUGCUGUUCACGGACGAGCAGCAGGCACAGUGGAUGGAGAUGGCCAAACAGUGGCGGAUGAUUGGAUGCUACGCGCAGACCGAGCUGGGUCAUGGAUCUAAUGUCCGUGGACUGGAGACUACGGCCACGUACAUCCUUGCCACGGACGAGUUCGAGAUUCACUCGCCUACGCUGACGUCCAUGAAGUGGUGGCCUGGCGCGAUGGCACGAACCGCCAACUUUGGAGUUGUGUAUGCGAGACUGCUGCUGUGUGGAAAGGACUAUGGCGUGCACAACUUUAUGGUGCAGUUGCGUGACUUGGAGACGCAUGACGCGAUGCCAGGUGUGACGCUGGGCGACGUUGGUCCAAAGGUCGGAUAUAAUAACGUGGACAACGGGUACUGCAGAUUCGACCGUGUCCGCCUUCCGCGACGGAAUAUGGGGAUGAGGUUUGCUACGGUGACUCGAGAGGGCAAGUACGUGAAGAACUCGAAUGUUCCGCAGGAAGUGCUGUACUUUACCAUGUUGCAGACCCGAAUCGUGUUUAUUCGGUCGGCGGGUAUCAACCUGGCGAAGGCAUGCACCAUUGCUAUCCGCUACUCGGCUGUUCGUCAGCAAGGAUAUGAUGCCAAUGAUCCGUCUUCUAAGGAGGAAUUGAGCGUACUGGACUACCAGACACAGCAAUACCGUUUGUUUCCGCUUCUUGCUGCAGCGUACGCGAUUGUGUUGACAGGAAACCGCAUGGAUCAGUUUGCUGCUGCACUACUGGAGCAAACAAAGCGUGGAGAUGUCGAUUUACUUACUGUGGGACACGUGAUGAGUUGCGGACUCAAGGUCCGAACAACAGAUCUGUCCACUGCUGGCAUUGAGACUGCUCGUCGGGCUUGCGGUGGUCACGGGUACCUGCUCUCAAGUGGCAUACCGGUCUUAUUGGGAGAUACCCUGCAGACUGUCACGACGGAAGGUGAUAAUCUGGUACUGUCGGUGCAGACUGCUCGCGCUCUGCUGAAAAUACUAGCCUUGUACAAGAGAACUGGGAAAGUGCCAGGACCGAUGGCGUUUCUGUCAGGUACUGACGAAACUCAGAGUGUAAACCCUCGCACUGAGCAGCAGUGGCUAGAGCCUCGUAAUUACGUUGCAGCUUUCGAGCAGCGCUUUCUGUUUCAGCUCCGGUUGUACGAGAAGAAGAUUUCGACGGAGUCUUCACUCGCUGCCGGUUUGCAGAACAACUCGCUGGACACUCUGAAGCUUACAAACUCAUAUGCCAGCUUCGUGCUCGUGAAGACCUUUGCUGAAGCUCUAGAAGCCCCAUCGACCCUCUUUUCAGGAUCCGUAUCUUCGCCUGUGGUCCUGAACGUCGUACGUCUGCUGUGCCAUUUGUUUGCACUUACGCAAUUGGAAGCUUCUGCCGGGGAGUUUAUGGAGAGUGGGUGCGUAUUUCCCAGUGAGAUGCCGAUGAUCCGUGCGAACAUCGAGAAGCUGCUCGCCUUGAUCCGCCCGCACGCCGUCACACUUGUGGAUGGCUUCAACUUCUCGGACCAUAUGCUGAACUCAACACUGGGUCGCUACGACGGCAACGUAUACGAGGCUCUGUUCGAGUCUGUACAGCACGACCCUUUGAACCAGUCGUCAGACAAGGUUGCAUUGCAUGAGUUGUUGCGUCCAAUACGGGACGAAAUGUUGCAGUCGCGUCUCUAG